AUGGGUGGUCACAAUAUGGAUGACAGGGGUAUGCAGGUGUUUACAGAUAUUGGUGUACUAUCCUGGAAUGUUCGAGGCUUGGUCAAUAAGUUCUCGCAGAGACAGUUGAAAGAUCUUCUAUUCUUGCACAGACCGACUUUCUGUUUUGUCAUGGAACCUCAAUGCCUCUUCGGGAGACAUGAGCCCUGGCUACAACACUGUGGUUAUGAUCGAGUGUUCAUUUCGGAAGCGACAGGUAGAAGUGGUGGCAUCUGGCUUCUCCAGAAGACAGGACACCCAUUUUGGGUUUCUGUUAUUCACACUUCGGCCCGGGUUAUUUCUAUCAGCAUCGGGCGUGGUGGUCGUCAAUGGGCGCUCACGGGGAUUUAUGCCUCGCCCUGUUUUCGAGAACGGCUCAGUGAUUGGGAGAGCCUUAAGGCAGCUCGUUUGAUCUGUGAAGGGCCAUGGUGUGUCAUAGGGGACUGGAACGAGGUUACUGGCCCAUCUAAUUCCACGGGCUGCUCCUUCAUUCAACAACGAGCUAAUGCCAUUAAUGACGUCUUGCAACAUUGUGAUCUUACAGUCCUUCAGAGCAUUGGGCCGCCCUUCACAUGGCGUAGAUCCUCAACGGGAGACAAUGUUCACUCCCAGAAAUGCCUAGAUUACGCCGCAGCGGAUUCAGAUUGGAUUGCCAACUUUCCAUUCGGGAUGGUGGAGACUCUUAAUAGAGGUAAUAGUGAUCAUAACCCGCUCCUGCUGCAUUGUCAUCACGAACCAAACACUCAGGGGCUUCCUCCAUCGCCUUUUCGAUGGCAUGAGGCAUGGGCAGACCACCCCGAGUAUCGUAAUGUUCUGACUGAGAAUUGGAACCUCGGCAAUGCAGACCUCUUGUUCAAUAUGAAUUCUAUCAGGGAUGCAUCUUCCACGUUCAACCGGACAUGUUUCGGUAAUAUUGGGGCUCGUAAACGCAAAAUUCAACGUCGCUUAUUGGGUAUCCAACGCAUCCAAACGCGGGUAGAUUCGGCGCGACUCGCAAUCCUUGAGGGGCAACUUCUGAAGGAAUACAACACCAUCCUUCAUCAGGAAGAGCUCAUUUGGUUCCAGAAAUCUAGGGAAAAAAUUCUUUUGCACGGGGAUCGCAAUACUCGAUAUUUCCAAACAGCCGCCAAAAUCCGCAGAAACAAAUCGGCCAUUCACGGGCUUCAAAUUUCCAACUGCUGGACAUCAGAUGAAGCAACUCUCAGAGGACACGCGAUGGCUCACUUUGAGAGUCGGUUUACGGAUAGCCCCAUAAUCCCCAUUGGUUGCGACUACACCGAGCCUCUUUCGCCUCCGACUCCCGAUAUAGUGCUAUCGGUCACACAGACACCUUCCAACAUGGAAAUCAAACUGGCGGUCGACUCCUGCCCACCCUAUUCGGCCCCGGGCCCAGAUGGUUUCCCAGCUGCUUUCUUCAAAAAAUUUUGGCAUCACAUCGGGUCGGACACGUGUGAAUUUAUUCGCAAUAUUUUUGCUAAUGUCACCCUUAUCAUGAAGUGUGUGACAUCCGCUCAUUUUGCUAUCCUUUGGAAUGGUCGGCCAACUUCAGGUAUUUACCCUUCUCGGGGGUUACGCCAAGGGGACCCGAUUUCCCCUUACUUGUUCGUUAUCAUAAUGGAGCGCCUUACCAGAACCAUCAAUCGGGAGGUCAGGACGGAAAACUGGGAUCCCAUUAGGUUGUCUCGGGGAGGGCCGGCUAUUAGUCACUUAUUAUUCGCUGACGAUGUUUUGAUUAUGGCUCAAGCUAAUAUUGCCACUGCCAUAACGGUCAAUAAAGUUCUUCAUGCAUUUGCGGACGAAGCGGUCCUCGCGAUUAACUUGAGUAAAUCCCAAAUAGUUUUCUCAGCGGCCACAUCAGAAGCGAAGCGUAACCGGAUUUGUCAACAGCUCUCCAUCCCAACGACGGCCAAAUUUGAUAAAUAUCUGGGCUUCCCCAUCAUUGCUGGGAGACAUAAGAUUUCCCACUUUGAGUUCAUUUUAGAGCGCAUCGCUGGGCGGCUACCCCCGUGGCGCGCUAAAUUCCUAAACAAGGCUGCCCGGACUACGUUAGCGCGCUCAGUUCUCGCCACCAUUCCAGUCUACUUUAUGCAAAUAGCGUGGUUCCCGGAAAAGACUUGCCAACAAAUUGAUAGCAUCAUGAAGCGGUUCAUCUGGAAAGACCGCGAUGGACGGGGCCUUCACCUUGUCAAGUGGCCCACAGUGGCCACGCCUCGUCGCUCGGGAGGCCUAGGACUUCGUCAAACUCGGCAAAUGAAUAUAGCUAUGUUAGGUAAAAAAGUCAGCGAAUAUAUUGAAGGCACAUCAUCCCUUUGGGUUGAAGUUUUGACUGAUCGUUUUGGCAGGGGAUAUGAGGGGAUCAAAGGGUCCAAGAUCCAAUCUUCUUCAGUCUGGACAGCAAUGAGGAGGUGUUUUUCGAUCAUCGAGAAGGGGUUCACUUACAGGAUGGGUAAUGGGGAGACCAAUUUUUGGGAGGGAGUUUUUUUCCAAGGCAAACCCAUCAAAUGCCUUGUGGACUACGUGCAUAUAUCUGAUUCCGACAAAUCAUGCCGGGAGUUAAUCGCUAAUGGGCGAUUUGAUAUGAAGUCGUUGCACACGAGGUUCCCAGCACAUAUUGCUAGGGCUCUGAAAGAUGCCUGA